AUGCGAACUGAAUUUACCCCUUCCCAACACUUAGUACUGCUGAGUGCCUUUGAGAAGAACAAGCAUCCAGGGCACGACGUUACAAAAGAAUUAGCUGCCAAACUGAAUUUCAGUGAAUCAGUGAUAAAGCACUGGUUUAAGAACCAGCGUAUGGAAUGGAAGAAAAAUCAGCUAAAAGUGAAGCUAGCUUCAUCACCGGGAACUUCCACACAGCCCUCUUUAGAGCAGGAGGCCCCACAAAAUCCUGUUACAAGUCCUUCACCAAUUUCUGUGACUUCAAAUGACCAUAUCCAUGACCCACUGGAGCUCUUGGAGAGUGAAAUCACCAGAAGAGAAGGAACCUCUGUGUUUGGUUCAUCAUUUGACACUCAGUGUGACAACAUUCAGGGUCAGUAUGUGGAGGAUUUUGCCAAUUUGGACACAGAUAAACUUGUAGAACUGUAUUAUCUGCCUGGGGAAGAUGAUCCCAGCAGUCUAGAUAUAUACCUCCCCCCAGGCUGCCUGCAAUGA